AUGAGGAAAUGGAAGCAUCCGGGUGCUGCCACGGAUGGUGGUCGAAAUAAUACCGCACAGCAACCAACCAACAAUGUACAGCACAGCAAGCAACCGAACGUGGUGACCGGUGGCGCCACCUGGUUCAAUGCGGCCACACUGCUAACCAUCGCCAUUACGAUCAACCUCACCUGUACCGGAGUCACCAGUCAAGUUUGCGGUCCCCCGGCAGUGCCAGCGAACGCCAAGGUACACACAGAAAAGGCAAGCGACGGAAGUGGAGGGCUUAAGUCAGCCCGGUAUGAUUGCGAUGCCGGCUACGAACUGUUCGGUCCGGAUACAAUCCGCUGCGACCCAGCGAAAGGAUGGGACCGUGAGCUGCCAUUUUGCGGAACGAAUGUAGCGUACCGCAAACCGGUGAAUCAAUCGUCCGCGACCCGCUCGGGUCCGGCAGGGUUCGCCAACGAUGGUAAACCGGGCAACCAAAACCCGGAUGGCCAGGAGUGUUCCGAAACGCAGAAGGAAGUAUCACCCUGGUGGCGGGUGGAUCUGCUCACGCCGGAAGCAGUGCGCGUGGUGCGCAUUACUACGCGCGGCUGCUGCGGGCAUCAACCCCUGCAGGAUCUGGAGAUACGCGUCGGCAACAGUAGCAGCGACCUGCAACGGAAUCCGCUCUGUGCCUGGUAUCCGGGCACGGUGGACGAGGGUACGACAAAGUCGUUCACCUGCGCCCGACCGCUGAUCGGUCAGUACGUGACGGUGCAGUUGGUUGGCGUCGAGAGCAGCCUCAGUCUGUGCGAAGUGGAGGUAUUCUCCAACGACGAGUUCUCGUCGGACCGUUGCGCUUCGCCGAACUUGAGCGUCGAAACCGUGCUGACAACGUUUGCCAAGACUUGCUACGAGUUUCACAUUACGCGGGGCGAAAGCUUCGAGAAGGCACGGGCUGUCUGCAAAUCGCACGGUGGCGAUCUGAUACACGACUUCCGAGGUGUUACCACCGACUACAUCAUCUCGGAGCUGGAGCGCCGCAAAACCGAUCUUCGGACGCAGCUCGUGUGGAUCGGAGCACAGAAAGAACCAGGCAUUACGUCACGCACCUGGAAGUGGGUUAAUGGCGAUACAGUGCUUAAGCCAACAUGGGGUAAGGAUCAGCCGAACAACUACAACGGAGAGCAGAACUGUGUUGUGCUUGAUGGUGGUCGCAGCUGGCUGUGGAACGAUGUAGGCUGCAAUCUCGAUUACCUCAACUACAUCUGUCAGCAUAAUCCGCUGUCGUGCGGUUCGCCAGAAGCGCUGGUCAACACGACUAUCGUCGGCAGAAACUAUUCCGUCAGCGCCAACAUCACGUACCAGUGUCCCAUCGGCCAUUCGUUAAUUGGGGUCGAGAGUCGAACCUGCCAGCAAAACGGCAUUUGGAGUGGUGUACCGCCGGCGUGUAAAUAUGUCGACUGUGGUCCACUGCCAGAGAUCGAACACGGAGGAAUCAUUCUAUCGGAGCAGCGUACCAGCUUCGGUGUACAAGCGUCGUACACCUGCCAUGAGAACUAUACAUUAAUAGGUAACGAAAACCGUACCUGUCAGACGAACGGUUGGUCCGGCACUCAGCCCAAAUGUCUGAUAGAUUGGUGUCCGGAACCGCCACCAAUUCAGGGUGGUAAGAUAAAGGUGUCGGGACGUCGUGCCGGUUCCACCGCUUUGUACACCUGCGAUUAUGGCUUCGUGUUAAUCGGCGAACCAGUACUGUCGUGCGGGCUCGGUGGCAACUGGACCGGAAAGAUACCUGUUUGCCGUUAUGUGGAUUGCGGUAUGCCGGCGAGACCGGAUCGUGGCAAUAUGCUUUUGCUGAACGAUUCGACCACCGUCGGUUCCGUGGUGCGAUACUUCUGCGACGAUGAUUACUGGCUGGUUGGACCGCAGGAGUUAUACUGCACGAAGGAUGGCAAAUGGUCCGGCAGUGCACCGGCGUGCGAGUUGAUCACUUGUGAGACGCCACACGUACCACCCGGUUCGUAUGUGAUCGGGUACGACUAUAAUAUCCAUUCUUCGAUCCAGUAUCAUUGCGAUCCGGGGCAUAUCCUUCGGGGUGAGGAUACGCUGACCUGCCUGGAGUCAGGUCAGUGGAGUGGAGAUGCACCCGACUGUGAAUAUGUCGAUUGUGGGCCACUGACACCAAUACCGUUCGGAUCGCAUCGUUACCUGCAGAACACAACGUUCCUUGGUUCGGAAGUUGUCUACUCCUGUGCGAACUCGCAUCGCCUAGCGGGAGUGAACCGACGAAUUUGCCUCAAUACGGGCCUUUGGAGCGAGACGGCUCCACGCUGUGAGGAGAUACGGUGUACAGAGCCCACACUAACGCCCCACAGCUUUGUCAGCGUCACCGGUAAUGAUCGAAUGUACGGACGAACGCUAAUUCGCACCUCAGACGCGACAGUGAACGGUGCCCAAACGUUCCGGGUCGGAGCCCUAGCGAAGUACCGCUGUGAGCGUGGAUAUAAGAUUGUCGGUGAGGCACUGAUCACUUGCGAGGAAAAUGGGCUAUGGAGUGGCGAGAUCCCGGAGUGUGUUUAUGUGGACUGUGAAACACCACCAAAUGUUACUAGCGGAAAGGUUACAUUGGCAACAAAUGCGACAUAUUACGGUGCGGCGGCACUGUAUGAAUGUGAGGGUAAUUUUAAGCUGGAUGGUGUUUCGAGACGUUUGUGUCUGGAAGACGGUACCUGGAGCCAUGAGACGCCCCAGUGCGUGGAGAUCACCUGUAACGAGAUGAACGUUUCGGAUGCACUGCUCGUGAACUACGGCAGUCGAAAGGUUGGUGUGCAGGCGGAGUUCAGCUGCAGUAAGGGACGAUACAUGGUCGGGAACGGUACCCGUUCCUGUCUGCCAACGGGACACUGGUCCGGAAGGAAUCCUGUGUGCAAGUUGAUUGACUGUGGCCGUCCAGCGGAUAUUGAAAAUGGGCGCGUGAUCGUGGUGAACGAAUCGACGGUAUAUGGUGGCUCAGCAGAAUAUCACUGUGUGCCGCACUACAAUCGUAUUGGUCCCUACUUGCGCAAAUGUAUGGACGACGGCAAAUGGAGCGGCGAAGAGCCACGAUGCGAACUAAUUGUAAAUGAUGCGCAAGAGACGAACAGUCUCGGUACAGGCAUCGCCAUCGGUGCCGCCAUCAUUGUCAUCCUGCUGAUCCUAAUCGGCGUCCUGUUUCUCCACCGUAAUAAGGCACGGCCGGUUAAGAAUACCGAGAACGUGCAGGCGGCGGAACACAAGGAGGACCAGAAUGCAGCCGUCAUGUCCUACUCCAGCCUAGAAAAUGGUCGACAUAAUUUCGAUCUCACCAACCGGGGCGGGCUAGUCACGUUCAACACGUUCCACCAGUCCGGGGCGGGUCACCAUCCGCCACCACCCAGUCAGCUGACCCACAGCAACCAUAACAAUAAUCAUCUUAGCAGUAGCAACAACAACACCAGCUCGCGCAGCGGUAGCGAAAACAUCUACGACCAAAUACCGAGCGAACAGUUUUAUGAUGCACCGUACGAGAUGCGUACAAACGAGGAGGUGUACGAACCGGAACCGACCAGCCGUGGCAACAUCAUUACCAUCAAUGGUGUCAGUGUGCGGUGAGCGUUCGUACAUCAACCGACGUUGCGGGAUUGUAUGUGUGGCCGCUGAGGCAUUUGGUCCUCUAAGUUCCUUGAGCGCAGUAAAGCAAACCUGCCCUUGCUGCAACUGGUGGCAGUAUCGCACCGGCAGGAUUUGCCACGUUUUGGCCGAGGGUGUCAACAGUAUGAAAGAAAGGUAUGACUGCGAGUGAUUGUCUGGGAAAAAAAGAAUGUAUGAAAAUGAUGCAUGCGAGUGCAUUGCAAAGCAGCAGUGCAAUAUCUUUAAACACCACGUGAAAUGAAGUUACACGUUACAUCAUAUAGUUAUUGGGGGAAAAACACGUCCAUACAAUUAUAACGCAACAAUUGAAUAGCGUUUUGAACGUUCUUGAGCUAAAAUAUUAAUGUGUUACAAAGCGCAAUACAAAGAUUAUAACAUGGGUUGAGAACCGCAACAAUCCAGCGAUAGGAUGGUAGAUAGCAAAGAAUGAAACGGAACAAUUUUAAUCAAACCGUAUGAAAUUUAAACAAAAAUACUACCGCACACAAAACGGUAACGCGAUUGUGCGGUAGAAUGUUGCAAAACGUAGGUAGGUUGAACACACAUUAGGUAGGUGCAUAAGAAGGCGCACACACUGUAUAUAGAAAUUUUCAUAUUCUUUACUUUACUUUACCCUUCCCUUCGAAAUCAUAAUAAGCCGGAGCGCAAAUUAUUGAAUAAUUGAAACAAAAAACGUUAUACCUUAGCAGCUAUUUAGCAUGAAGUCAAUCGAUGAGACUCGUAGUGUUCGUGUGGAUCAACGAUACGCACGCAUAUUCUUACGUAUACUGCUGCACCAUUGUUGAACGCUAUGUUUGUUUUUUUUUGUGUAAAUACGAGAAAGUAACGAGAAAAGCUUUUCAAAAAACUAAAACAAACCAUAUCAACCUACGUAUCAAAAAUUGUUCUGAACAGAGUGAGAUGAAUAAAGAUU